CACAGAGCUUUUGCGAAAUUUGUCACAGAUCAGAUAACCAAACCUAUAAAUGUAGAAGUGUACGGAAAAGUCUUCAAAAAAUUGUAUUGUUUCCAAGGCGCAAAAUUUUUCUGGGCUGCACCACUCACAAACGCCAGCUUGCAUCAAUUUCACAUGUGGCAACCAUGCGCAUGCUUUUUAUGAUUUUCACAAUAGCCGAGCGAAGUUUCAAGAUUCCCGAGCUGCCCGCCAACGCCACAACAAACUUGAUACGGCGCCAGACCCACAACUACGGCUACGACUAUAGCAGCAGCCCCACGCAAGUAGAGCUAAGUCGAGAGGCUACCCGUUUGGUAAUCCGCCGUCUCCAGCGCACCGUGCUCCGCCUGAUUCGCGAUCCCGAUUUUAGCAUGUCCGCUGAGGCGAAUCCCAAGCCGGAGGACGAUCACCAGGAUACGCCGUUUGCGGCGAAUCGGAAAGGUUCUACCUCGUCAUCCUCAGCCGGCAAACAGGACUCCAACUGCCGCACUUGCAACGAUUUCAAGUCCUGGUCGAAGCAACAGCGUCUCAUUUCUAACGUGCAGAGCGCCAAGGUGAAGCACAUGGCGGCCGCCGAGAAGGUUGCGACCGUGACCGCCGCCGAGGUUGCAGCUCCCCGCGAUGAUUGUCCCCUGGAUAAGGUUCGUUUGGGCAUUUCAACCUGGGGCCUGCUGCACACCAUGGCCGCCUUCUAUUCAGACAACCCUACGGACACCGAGAAGCGGGACAUGAAAACCUUCUUCGAGGUGCUAUCCCGCCUGUACCCCUGCGAGUUCUGCGCGAAGGACUUUCGCACUGACCUUGAUGUUAACCCCAUCAAUGUGAACUCGCAGAAGGAACUGGCUAUGUGGUUGUGCAAGUUUCACAAUCGCGUUAACGACAAGCUGGGCAAGCCGCUCUUCGAUUGCAGCAAGGUAAACGAGAGAUGGCGAGACGGCUGGCUGGAUGGCUCCUGCGACUAGGCGCCACUGCUUAGAUCUCGUCAAGAAUCACCGGUUGCGGUCUGUUGCCAUGUUGACUAACUUGUCCCACAUAUCGCUCGACAUGCGCAUCGCAGCCACGGAACACGGAACCCAAGCUGAACAGAAAACUGUGCCCGGUGCCGAGGGCCAUUUACCCUGCGUUCCUGGCCAGCGGCACCAUCUUGCGACUUUUGACGGCGUGACAUCAAAUUGAGUUAUAUUGUAAUAGAGCGACACAUCAAAGGUCCCUUGUUAAAUUGUUGGCUGGAUUUGAACUCUCAGAGAAUACACACAUUUUGUUGAA